GGGCACACUGGACAGCUAUUUCAUCCUCUCAUGAAAAUCCUCAGACAGUUCAUGAUGUAAAACUUCAAACUCAAAAAUCAAAACUCCCUCACACUGAUUAUAUAUAUAAUAUCAAGUCCUACUUUCUCCCACAUGUAACACUAUUUCAAUUCAUUCAUCAUAUCCCUUCUUUAUUUUCAUACAUAUACGGUGUGUGCAUGCUUGCGUGCUCGGAUUUGAUAAAUAUUAGUUAUAUAAAUGGAUAUCCGACCAAAUCAUACGUUAUAUGUGAAUAAUUUAAAUGACAAAGUAAAGAAAAACGAUUUGAGAAAAGCACUAUAUUAUAUAUUUGGUCAACAUGGUCGACUAAUUGAUAUUAUAGCUAUGAAAACAAUGAAAAUGCGUGGACAGGCAUUUAUUAUUUAUCAGGAUAUUGCUUGUGCAACGCAAGCUUAUCGUUCAUUACAAGGAUUUCAAUUAUUUCAACGACCUAUGCGAGUAACUUAUGCUAAAAAGGAUUCGCAACAGAUUAUCUGUUUGAAAGGUGUCAGUGCUGAAGUUCAAAAGAGACGUGAAGAAGAACGUGAAAAACGUAGACGAAAAAAAAUGGCACAACGUGCUGCAGCUGCAGCAGCGGCUUUACAAGCAGCUAAUCAAUCAGUAAAUGGUCCAGCGGGUACCGGUGGAGAUAUCAAUGCAUUGUUAGAUCAACCAAAUCAUAUUUUAUUCGUUAGUAAUUUACCAGAAGAAACUACUGAUGCUAUGCUUACAAUGUUAUUUAGUCAAUUUUCGGGAUUCAAAGAGGCUAGACGUGCUGCUGGUGGAGUUGGCUUUGUCGAAUAUGAUACUGAAUCACAAGCUGCUGCUGCGCGAUCUGCUUAUGAAGGAUUUAAACUGACACCGACUCAUGCUAUGCAAAUCACAUUUGCUAAGAAAUAA